GUCUUGAUUCCAGAGUUAGUUUACUGCUAAAGCUCACAAAGAGGGGAAUGGAGUCUCAAGUGCGCCAGAACUUCCAUGCUGAGUGUGAGGCUGCUGUGAACCUCAUGGUGAACCUGGAGUUGUAUGCUAGCUAUGUCUAUCUGUCUUUGUCUUACUACUUUGACCGUGAUGAUGUGGCCCUGAAGCACAUGGCCCAGUUCCUGAAGGAGCAGUCCCAUGAGGAGCAGGAGCAUGCAGAGAAGUUCCUGAAAUACCAGAACAAACGAGGGGGACGCAUUGUCCUGCAGGACAUCAAGAGGCCAGAGCGGGAUGAGUGGGGGAACAGCCUGGAGGCCCUGCAGUGCGCCCUGCAGCUGGAGAAGAGGGUGAACCAGGCCCUGCUGGACCUGCACAAGCUGGCGACUGAGAAGAAUGACCCCCAUCUGUGUGACUUCCUGGAGUCUGACUACCUGGAGGAGCAGGUGAAGGCCAUUAAGCAGCUGGGAGACCACCUCACUAACCUGAAGCGCCUGGGAGUGCCCCAGAACGGCAUGGGAGAGUACCUGUUUGACAAGCUCACCCUGGAGGGGAGCAGUUGAACUGGACUUGAGGGAUAUUGCUUAUUUGGUGGCUCAUCUGUAUGUAGAGGAAACAAGA